CUUUCUUGUUUGCAUUUUAAAUCCUCAAUCUUACACGAUUGUGGUGUUUUUAGAGAUAUUUUUUUUGGUUCUGCGAGUUUUUAUCACUACUAUACUACUACAUAAUCAAUCUGAACAUUGUGGAGAGCUCAAGCUGCUGUGCCAAAGGCAUCUGUUCAGCUCCACGGCCUCAUUCUGAUUUUACUUACUUUCAUUGAUUAUCAUUUAUCUAGCAUAGUUGUCUCGCUUACCUUUGCUUGGUUUUGCCUGAUUUUUGUCUCACGCUGUCCUGCCUGGUCUUCAUUGCCCUCAACUCAGCCUACACACUUGACAUUAAACCGUUUCUCCUUUGUUGAUUCAGUGCAUUGUUCCUGUACUUUCUCCCCUUAAAUAAUAUCCUCUGCCUUUGGAGCCCCACUGAGGCUACUCCUUCGAAAGGACACGAAUACGUCAAACGGUUAGCGAUCUUGGGUUAUAUUUAUCAUGCCUGAGCUAGCCGAAGUUGCCCGGAUUGUUCAUUUCAUCCGGAAAGAACUGGUGGGAAAAACGGUCUCCAGUGCCGUGGCAAACCACGACGAUCUCAUAUUCGGCAAAGUAGGCACGUCUGCCCAGGAAUUCCAAAAGACUAUGCAAGGGAACAAGAUUAUUGGAGCUGGGCAACAAGGCAAAUACUUCUGGAUGAUCAUGUCUAAACCCCCGCAUCCGGUCAUGCAUUUUGGUAUGACCGGUUGGCUCAAUAUCAAAGGCGUAAACGGCUGCCAUUAUCGCGCCAAGGAGGAAGAGGAUGAUGGACCGUGGCCACCGAAGUUCUGGAAAUUCCAGCUGGUGAUGGACGAUGACAAGAAGACUGAAGCUGCCUUUGUGGAUGCUAGGAGACUCGGCCGUGUCCGGUUGGUUGACUGCCCUGGAGAAGAAAUCAGGUCUCACACGCCACUCAAGGAGAACGGUCCCGAUCCUGUUAUAGACAAGGGAAUUGUCACAGAAUCGUGGCUCAAGAGCAUAGUGUCUAAGAAGAAAGUCCCUAUCAAGGCCCUUCUCCUGGAUCAGUCUAUAAUAAGUGGGCUGGGCAACUGGAUGGCUGACGAGGUUCUUUAUCACUCACAAAUUCAUCCCGAGCAAACGAGCAAUACCCUGGACGAUUCACAAAUUCGGGAGCUAAACUCUGCAAUUCAUUAUGUGUGCGCUACAUCGGUCGAUCUCCUUGGUGAUUCCGCUCGCUUUCCUGCAGAUUGGCUGAUGCACCAUCGAUGGAACAAAGGCAAGAAAGAGCCGUCAAAGAUGCUAAACGGUGAUCCCGUAACUUUUAUCACGGUUGGAGGCAGGACUAGCGCCAUAGUGCCAGCAGUUCAGAAAAAGACGCAUCCUACCGCCACAAACGACAAAGGGGGAAACGCCAAAGAGGAUGUCGACGAUGGAUCUGCCACGAAGUCGCGAUCCAAGGGCCGUGGAAAAGCUACUGUUAAAGAAACAGAUGAGACCACAACCACUAAUGGAAACAAAAGGAGUACCCGAAUCUCAAAGGCUUCUUCGGUCAAGGCCGAGGAAGAGAAGAACACCGAAGGGAACGACUCGGCAGCGCAAACUCCAAGCCGAAAGCGCAAGGCUCCAGCCGUGAAAUCUGAAGCAGCUGAGAAUGCAGCGGGAAUAGCCAAAAAGACCAGAGGUAACGCCACGAAGGAAGCUCCGUCUACAACGGCACCCUUGAGAAGAGGGCGCUCAGCUGCCAAAAAAUAAUUGGCUUCUAAAUCGGAGUUUAGUGGCUUCAUUCCUGGAGGUGACGGUCGGCGUUUGGUGCCGGUUCAAUAUUUCACAAACCAUGUCGCGGUAUCAUGCAGUGGAAAAUAAAUUUUCAAAAUGCUCAGGUAUUAUUGCCGUACGACAAGAUUGAAGAAGAUUAGCAACAGCGAAAAUAAAUUCAUAUCAUCGUCAAAAGAA